CUCCUUAUCGAAUCAUUCGAAUCGAGCGUUAUCAGUGCAGUGCGUUCACUCGAUCCGGGCAUUUUUUGCUCGGCAAAAUCUUGAUUUCCCUUACUCUGCAAUUAUUUUUCUCCAACUCAGACUGUGCAUACAUACACAUCAUACUAAAACCAAAUUUAUAAAAUCAGUGUGAUUCUCUUUAAAUCCUACUUACUGGAAGUCGGCGUGACUCUGGUGCUCCUCAGCGACCACUGCUUUUAAUAUGUGUGGAAUUUGGGCACUUUUUGGCCUGGAGGCCACCACUUUGUCACGAUGUGAGCACUCCUUCACUGCAAUUCAUCACAGAGGACCUGACGCAUGGAGGAUUGAGUUUGAUGCUAAAAUCAAGAAUGUGUGUGUGGGUUUUCAUAGAUUAUCAAUUGUUGAUUGCCUGUAUGGAAUGCAGCCAAUGAAAUUGCACAAAUAUCCUUUGGUAACACUCCUUUGCAAUGGCGAAUUAUACAACUGCAAACGUUUGGCCAAGCAGUACGGUUUUGAAUAUGAAACGAAGUGUGAUGUGGAAUGCAUUUCUCAACUCUACGGAAAAUCAGGCAUUGAAUUUGCUUGCCAGAAUCUAGACGGAGUGUUUGCUUUUUGUUUAAUUGACGCUGAGAAAAAACGAGCAUAUAUUGCGAGAGACCCAUUUGGUGUGAGACCCUUGUUCAGAGUUGUCACGGAAGCAGGUGUCCUUGGCAUUUGUUCUGAGGCCAAAGGCCUUAUUACUUUACGUAAUGAGCUAGGAAGUCAGAAAUUUGUUGUCAAACAGUUCCCUCCUGGUCACGUAGCAGAGUAUUCUAUCAACUCCAAUGGCACUGUGACUCUAGUCAGUGAAAAACCCUUCUACAGGAUAGGAAAAGAACCCCUUUUCAAACCUUUUGUUCCCUUUGAAGAUCUGCAUCCCAGCAACAUCAGUGCGAAUAUUCAGACUUUGCUCACAGCAGCUGUGGAAAAAAGAUUAAUGGCAGAUAGGCGGAUAGGGUGUCUUCUUUCUGGUGGAUUAGACUCGAGUCUCAUUGCAGCUUUACUUGUAAAACUUACAAAGAAAGCUAACCUACCUUAUAAAAUUCAAUCUUUUGCAAUUGGAAUGGGAGAGAGUCCCGAUCUAAUAGCUGCACGUCAGGUAGCAAAGCAUAUUGGCACUGAACAUCAUGAGAUAACAUUUGAUGAAAAAGAUGUAUAUCGUGUUCUAGACAAGGUACUGUACCACCUGGAAACUGCAGAUAUUACAACUGUUCGGGCCUCCGUAGGCAUGUACUUAAUAGCGGAAUAUAUCCAAGCAAAAACUGACACGACAGUUUUGUUCAGUGGUGAGGGUGCAGAUGAACUUGCCCAAGGUUACAUUUAUUUCAGAGACGCCCCCAACGCAGAAGACGCUCAUUCUGAAAGUCUCCGAUUGCUUUCAGACAUCUUCAUGUACGAUGGACUCAGAGCAGAUAGGACUACCUCUGCACACAGCUUGGAAUUGAGGGUACCUUUUUUGGAUCAGCAGUUCACUCACUACUUUCUCAGCCUUCCAAAAGAAUCAAGACAGCCGCAGAAAGGCAUAGAGAAACACUUGUUACGAUCUGCUUUUGAUGGGACAGACCUACUUCCAAACAAUAUUCUGUGGAGACAUAAGGAAGCUUUCAGUGAUGGAGUGACUUCUGUGAAAAAAUCCUUGUUUCAAAUAAUUCAGGAGUACAUUGAGCCGAAACUUCCCAAUGAGGCCUUGGAUAACGCAGAAAAGCUUUACCCCCACUGCACUCCAAAGACCAAGGAAUCUCUUUACUAUAGGCAAAAAUUUGAGGAAUACUAUAAAGGUCAAGCAUCGCAUUUAAUGCCUUACUUCUGGAUGCCAAAGUGGAUAUCAGUGUCAGAUCCCUCAGCCAGAUUCAUUAAGCAUUAUGCUGCGACAGAAGAUUAGCCCUAAGUUUUCUGUUGUUGUUCUACAAAAACAAGCUACCUGGAAGAGUCAUUAGAUCUCAACUGAAUGAUAUUUUUACCAUUAUCUUUUCCUGUUUUGGGAAGUAAAAGGACAAUACAUACUCUGGCCAUCUCAGUUUAAUAUUUAAAUUACGCUGAAAGCAUUAAUUUUAAUUUUGGAAAGAUAAAUUUAAUUUUAACUAUGUGAGGAUAACUUUAGAUUGUAUAUUCAGAAAUUUUCUUUUUUGUUUUGUUAUUUUAGUUCUAAGUUUGAUUAAUUUUCAUGCUUUUCAAAAAAGCAUGACUACCCUGACAACUGAGUCUGUGUCUACGAAUGCAGGUGCUAGUUUUACCUUGUGAAGGAAUAGUUUAAAGUGUUCCUUAUUUACCUCCGUACAAAGUUAAGGUCAAUAAAUUCAGAUCUAGUAAGAA